GAGGAGGGGAGGGGGAGGAGGGUUGCACAUUUUACAGCUCACUGACCAUUUGGCGAUCCAUUGAGAGGAGGGUUUGGAAAAGUGGCUCCUUUGUGACAGCGCUAGCCAGAUUGGGGGGCUGCUCAUUUGCAUCUCAUUAGGCAUGCAGGCGGCCGGCGGGAUAUAAGGGAGGCAGGCACCCAAGGAGAGGCAGAUCCUUAGCGCUUCCCCCUCGGAGAGAGCCGCCGAACCGCGGCGCGGAGCGGAGCAGCGCGGAGCAGCCCCCAACCCUCCCCCCCCCCCCCCUCCCCCAGUCCCCCGUAGGAGCACACCCGGACACGCUCAGCGCGCCGCUGUUGAGACACGAGCUUGUUUUUGUUGGCUGGGAUUCCUCUAAAAACAAAAGUGAGCCCACAACAAGGAGAGAGCUCCGCUGCUUCUGAAAAAAUAAUAAAAUAAAAAGGAAAAAAAGAAAAACACAAAAAGGGAUCAAGGCUCCGACGUGACCUGCUGCCGUUUGACACCCACCAGCCCCGACGGGCGCAGGGCGAGCGCAGCCGCGCAGAGCCGCUCCCGCACCGCACCGCACCGGGAAUUACCGCCGCUGCCGCCGCUGCCGCAGGGAUUUCCAGAUCGCCGAUUUUUGAUCUUCAUUGGGAAGCCUUUUCUUUGCCUCUCUUGGGAAUUAAGUUGCCUUUUUAACAAAUUUUUUAUUUUUAUUUUUUUUUCUUCCUGGAGAAAAGGAGGAGCAUCGUGGAUUGGGAAAGAAAAAGAAUUUAGCAGAUUAAUCGUAACAAUUUUUUUUCUUUUUUUUCUUCCUUUUUUUUAAUCUUUUGCUAUCCCAAAGAGCUGUCAGCCGCCGACAGGCUACACCUAGAGCUAUCGACAGAGGGAGGACAAAAAGUCAGAGGCUCUCCUGAAAGGAGGAGACCGUGACACUAACUCUUCCAGCUCUGCUGGGGCGAGCGGCUCUGGCCGCUGUGUUUUACUCUUCCCCCGAGAGACACUGUCCCCUUUCCCCUCUGAGGAGAAGACAAGGGGGAGGAAAGCGAGGGCACCAGAGCUGCCCCUCCAAAAUGGGAGGUCGGUUCCUGCUGACACUCGCCCUCCUCUCUGUGCUGCUGAGCCGCUGCCAGGUCGGCUGCUCCGGGGUCUUCGAGCUGAAGCUGCAGGAGUUUGUCAAUAAGAAGGGGCUGCUCAGCAACCGCAACUGCUGCCGCGGCGGCGGCCCCGGCGGCGGCGGGCUGCAGCAGUGCGACUGCAAGACCUUCUUCCGCGUCUGCCUCAAGCACUACCAGGCCAGCGUCUCCCCCGAGCCGCCCUGCACCUACGGCAGCGCCAUCACCCCCGUCCUCGGUGCCAACUCUUUCAGCGUUCCCGACGGCGCGGGGGGCGCGGACCCGGCCUUCAGUAACCCUAUCCGCUUCCCCUUCGGCUUCACCUGGCCCGGCACCUUCUCACUCAUCAUUGAAGCUCUGCAUACGGACUCUCCUGAUGACCUCACCACAGAAAACCCCGAGCGCCUCAUCAGCCGCCUGGCCACCCAGAGGCACUUGGCAGUAGGGGAAGAGUGGUCCCAGGACCUGCACAGCAGUGGCCGCACAGACCUCAAGUACUCCUAUCGCUUUGUGUGCGAUGAGCACUACUAUGGAGAAGGCUGCUCUGUCUUCUGCCGCCCCCGAGAUGAUGCCUUUGGUCACUUCACUUGUGGAGAGCGCGGCGAGAAAGUCUGCAACCCGGGCUGGAAAGGCCAGUACUGCACUGAGCCGAUUUGUUUGCCUGGAUGCGAUGAGCAGCAUGGCUUCUGCGACAAACCUGGGGAAUGCAAAUGCAGAGUGGGUUGGCAGGGCCGGUACUGUGAUGAGUGCAUCCGAUACCCAGGGUGCCUUCAUGGUACUUGUCAGCAGCCGUGGCAGUGCAACUGCCAGGAAGGCUGGGGUGGCCUUUUCUGCAACCAAGACCUGAACUACUGCACCCACCACAAGCCCUGCAAGAACGGUGCCACAUGCACCAACACUGGACAGGGGAGCUACACAUGUUCUUGCCGACCGGGGUACACAGGCUCCAACUGUGAGAUUGAAAUCAACGAGUGUGAUGCCAACCCUUGCAAGAAUGGUGGAAGCUGCACUGAUCUUGAGAACAGCUACUCCUGCACAUGCCCCCCAGGAUUCUAUGGUAAAAACUGUGAGCUGAGCGCGAUGACUUGUGCUGAUGGACCGUGCUUCAAUGGUGGGCGAUGCACCGACAACCCUGAUGGGGGAUACAGCUGCCGCUGCCCACUGGGUUAUUCUGGGUUCAACUGUGAGAAGAAAAUCGAUUACUGCAGCUCCAGCCCUUGUGCUAAUGGAGCCCAGUGUGUUGAUCUGGGGAACUCCUACAUAUGCCAGUGCCAGGCUGGCUUCACUGGGCGACACUGUGAUGACAACGUGGACGACUGUGCCUCCUUCCCCUGCGUGAAUGGAGGGACCUGUCAGGAUGGCAUCAAUGACUAUUCCUGCACCUGCCCCCCGGGAUACAAUGGGAAGAACUGCAGCACCCCAGUGAGCAGAUGCGAACACAGCCCCUGCCACAACGGGGCCACCUGCCAUGAAAGAAACAACCGCUACGUCUGUGAGUGCGCCCGGGGGUACGGUGGGCUCAACUGCCAGUUCCUGCUCCCCGAGCCGCCGCAGGGACCGGUCAUUGUGGACUUCACUGAGAAGUACACGGAAGGCCAGAAUGCCCAGUUCCCCUGGAUCGCUGUCUGCGCUGGGAUUAUCCUGGUCCUCAUGCUGCUGCUGGGGUGUGCUGCUAUGGUCGUCUGCGUCAGGCUCAGAGUGCAGAAGAGGCACCACCAGCCUGAUGCCUGCAGGAGUGAGACUGAGACCAUGAACAACCUAGCCAACUGCCAGCGCGAGAAGGACAUAUCCAUAAGUGUCAUUGGUGCCACUCAGAUAAAGAACACGAAUAAGAAAGUAGACUUUCACAGUGAUAACUCUGAUAAAAAUGGCUACAAAGUCAGAUACCCAUCAGUGGAUUACAAUUUGGUGCAUGAACUCAAGAAUGAGGACUCUGUUAAAGAGGAGCACAGCAAAUGUGAAGCCAAGUGUGAAACAUAUGAUUCAGAGGCAGAGGAGAAAAGUGCAGUACAACUAAAGAGUGAUACUUCUGAAAGGAAAAGACCAGAUUCAGUAUAUUCCACUUCAAAGGACACGAAGUACCAGUCGGUGUAUGUCAUAUCAGAAGAGAAAGAUGAGUGCAUCAUAGCAACUGAGGUGUAAACCAGAGGCGAUAUGGCAAGGUGGUUUUUCAGAACAAUUUCAGAGGAGAUGUGCCCCGAUGAAUGCUGCUGAAAGAGGAAUGGGAUAUAGAUUCCUUCACUGACUGCUGCUGAGAAACUAAAUUCAGGCUUGAGCUGGUUCUCUACUGAAGUUAGCAAAGUGACUGCAAAAUAAAGAAACAAGAUGGACACCAGGCAAGGGUCUGUGUUCAAAGAUUACUGUUGCACUGCCUUUUAUGAAUUUUAUCAUUGCACUAUGGUCAGUUGCUUUUCUAUAUAUAUUUAAAUGAAUGGACUUAAUUACUACAUAAGAAGCAUGCACUGCCUGAAGUGUAUAUUUUGGAUUCUUAUGAGCCAGUCUUUUCUUGAAUUAGAGACACAAACACUGCCUUUAUUGUCUUUUUUGAUACUAAAAUGUGUUUUUACUAGGUGAGAAAAAGUGUGUUAUUUUUUUGAAUCUGUAAAAAUAUUUUCAUGAUAAUUGUAAAGUUUGAGUAUUUUGUGAUGUUCAUUUUUUUAUAAUUUAAAUUUUUUGGUAAAUAUGUACAAAGGCACUUCGGGUCUAUGUGACUAUAUUUUUUUGUAUAUAAAUGUAUUUAUGGAAUAUUGUGCAAAUGUUAUUUGAGUUUUUUUU